CGUGUCCACCGACCGCCCGCUUAGUCGCUUACCGUGUUGUGCUUCCUCCUGCCCGCUUUGUGUGUUCCUCUUAUGUUAUUGUGUCGACUUCACGGUCCACACGACGACUGGAAAGACGAAGACACGCACGCACGACACCGGGGAGCAUGUCGGCACCAUCGAUUCCUGACGUCCCGUCGCGGAUUUUUUCAGGACGCCUACUGGAGUAAAUUUUGUACUUUGGCUCAGGAUAUUAUUUUUCCCUGUAAUCAUGGAGACUCUUUCCCAUGAUUCCCUGCUGGAAUGCCAGAUCUGCUUCAACUACUUCAGCCCGCGCCGGCGCCCCAAACUCCUGGAUUGCAGGCACACGUGCUGUUCGGUGUGCCUAUCGCAGAUGCGUAGCGGCCACAAGGAGAUCCGUUGCCCGUGGUGUCGCAGCGUCACCAAGCUACCGGCGGGCCUAUCUGUGGCGCACUUGCCUGACGACCCCGACGCGGCGGCGGCUAUUCCGCAUGCCUCGGAUCGCACGCCCGUCUACAUCCGUAUGCCCGGUAGCGGUUGCUACAUGCUGCCGCCGCCCGCUGAGGACGAGCGGGUGCCGGCCGGCUGCCGCUUCCUGCCAGGUGGCGGGCAGAAGGGCAUGGCUAUAGUGACAAUUCCCGAGCAAGCCUUAGGCGCCGUUUCAGAGGACGAUAACGGCGAAGGGCAGCGAAGGGCCAGCGUACCGAAGGGUUCCACGUGGUCCGGCGUGUGCACGGUGGUGCUGGUGGCUUGCGUGCUGCUGUUUCUGCUAGGUAUCGUUCUGCACAACAUGUCGUGCAUCUCCAAGCGCUUCACCGUCAUCUCCUGCGGAUGAUCCAGCAGACUCUUUGGAGACUAAACAUUCCCAAACUUUUCCUAAUCCGGUCCGUCCUCGAACCUUUUGUUAUUAUAGACUCGAGGCUCAACCGAUCGGUUGGUUAGUUCAUGAUUAGCUCGAGUUCAUCCGUCCUCUAAGAGAUUUGGACUGUGCGUGUUGUCAAUAAAGUCACGGUGUUAGAACGCAAAAGGUGAUGUCUUUCUUUGUUGUAGUACCUAACGAUUGUACUCAGAGCCGUAACCCAUUGUACGCCAUCGAUGGGGAUAGAUGUCCGAUCCAUUAGAAUUGGGAAGAAGGACACCCUCCAAGAUGGAUAGGACAUCUACAAGUGAUGAAUUGAUUUAAAUUCAUAAGCUUGUCGAGAAACUCGGUAUUCACAAUAGUGCUCACAAUGCUCACGACCCUAUCCUAUAGACCAGAACUGACAGAGAUCGAAUCAGAACAAUGUCUCUAGUGAGUCAAGACCAAGACAAGACUAAUAUCCGGAAAAUGUAGUCUCGAGACUAGUCUCAACCGGUCUCGAGAGUUGCCACACCAAAUGCGCCAACCCCCCAGAUGUAAAAAUGUGCGAUGAACUCAUUUAAUUUCAUAACCUUGUCUAAAAACUCUGGAUUUCCAAUAGUGCUUACAAUGCUGAAGACCAGAACUGGCAGACACCGAAUCAGAACCAAGUCUUUAGAGAGUCGAGAGCAAGACAAGACUAAGACUUUCAAAAUUUAGCCUCGAGGUUGGUCUCAACCAGUCUUGAGAGUUGCAACACAAAAUGCUACAACCCUCAAAGACGUAAAAACGAGCGAUGAACUCAUUUAAAUUCAUAACCUUGUCUGCAAACUCGGGAUUUUACAUUAGUGCUCACAAUGCUCAAGACCAGAACUGACAGAGACUGAAUCAGAACCAAGUCUUAGCGAAUCGAGACCAAGACAAGACUGAGACUUUCAAAACCUAGCCUUGAGAUUGGUCUGAACUGGUCUUGGGAGUUGCAACACGAACUGCUACAACUCGUAAAAACGAGCGAUGAACUCAUAACCUUGUCUGCAACCUUGGGAUUCACAAUAUUACUCAAAUCCAGACUAUCCUACAGACCAGAACUGACAGAAACCGAAUCAGAACCAAGUCUUUAGAGCACUGGUGUCAAACUGACUCCAUAAAGGGCCAAGUGGGUGCAGGUUUUCUUUCCAACCAAUGAAGAGGACACCUUUUGACCAAUCUGAUCUCUUGCAUGGGUAAUCAGUUAAAGUUCACUUAACCUCUGUCCUGUGUGUACCACAUUGAGCAUGGAGAAAAGAAAGAAGACCAAAGAACUGUCUGAAGACUUGAGAAGUAAAAUUGGGAGAAAGCAUGGGCAAUCUCAAGGCAACCGUCUCCAAACACCUGAAUAUUCCUUUGUCUACAGUGCGCAGUGUCAUCAAUAAGUGUAAAGCCCAUGGCACUGUGGCUAACCGCCCUAUAUGUGGACGGAAAAGAAAAAAUGAUGAGAGAUUUCAACGAAAGAUUGUGCAGAUGGUGGAUAAAGAACCUCGACUAACAUCCAAACAAGUUUAAGCCGUCCUGCAGUCCGAGGGUACAACAAAGUCAACCCGUACUAUCCAUCGGUAUCUGAAUGAAAAGGGACUCUAUCUACCUCUCUACCCAGGAUGACCCCACUUCUAACCCAGAGACAUAAAAAACCCAGGCUGGAGUUUACCAAAACUUACCUGAAAAAGCCAAAAACGUUUUGGAAGAAUGUUCUCUGGUCAGAUGAGACAAAAGUAAAGCUUUUGGGAAAAGGCAUCAACAUCGAGUUUACCGGAAAAAAACGAGGCCGUCAAAGAAAAGAACACGGUCCCCACAGUCAAACAUGGUGGAGGUUCCAUGAUGUUUUGGGGUUGCUUUCUGCCUCUGGCACUGGACUGCUUGACCGUGUGCAUGGCAUUAUGAAGUCUGAAGACUACCAACAAAUUUUGCAGCAUAAUGUAGGGC